GUCACUAAGCAACACUGCUCGGCGUCCCUGACUUCGCAAAGGUUUCUGGGAGUCCGAGGCCCGAGGGUUGAACGGCCGCCCUUUUAGGAGCAACGAGUGUAGAACAGCUGUACAUGCGUCGAGGGAAAUAUUAUCGUAAAACAGCUUUCUGACGCAGCGUAACCAAACUUGAGAGAAAGAUAAGGUGAAUAAUGGCGGGUGAGGUGGAGUUGGAUGGAGGCAGUGAAUACCCAGCACAUUACAAAGUCAUGAUGGACAAACUUAAUGAACAACGACAGCUGGACCAGUUCACAGACAUUACUUUGAUUGUGGAUGGGCACCAGUUCAGAGCUCAUAAAGCAGUGCUGGCAGCAUGCAGUCAGUUCUUCCACAAGUUCUUUCAGGAUUUUACUCAGGAGCCAUUGGUGGAGAUAGAAGGAGUGAGCAACACAGCCUUUCGCCAGCUGAUGGAAUUCACUUACACAGCCACACUAGGUGUGGCUGGAGAAGAGGAGGCUUAUGAUGUCUGGAAAGCUGCUGAAUACCUCCAGAUGCAGGAAGCCAUCAAGGCACUCAACAAUAAGAUAAAUGAGAGUCCUUCACUCAUGGUGAAGAGCAAAGGUAAAAAGAGGAAGAUUGCUGAGACAUCUAAUGUGAUUACAGAAACCCUACCCUCAGUGGAAGGGGAGCAGGUGGAAAUUGAGGUGAUAGCGGAUGGUGCCAUUGAGCUGGAGGAGUCGGGACUGGAGGAGGUGGUUGAUGCAGCAAAGAAUGCUCAGGCAGCGUCCGAUGACUCUGCUUUGGCUCUUCUUGCUGACAUAACUAGCAAAUAUCAGCAAGGGGAACCUACAGUGCAGGUGAUGAAGAAGGAAGAGCAGGAGAUAGCGUAUCAGGAGGAAACGGUGACUGCCUCCAAGGUGUUAGAGAAUGUUGAGGUUGUAGAGGUCCAGAUUUCCCAAGUGGACAACAUGUUUCGCUGCACCAAGUGUGACCGCAGCUUCAAGUUGUACUACCACCUCAAACAACACUUGAAAACACACUUGGGCUCACUGGAAAAGCCGCAUGUGUGCAACCACUGCGGUAAAGCCUACACACGGGAGGGUGCUCUGAAGCAGCACAUCAGCACGUUUCAUUUUGAUGCAGAGGAGCUGUCGAGAAAUCACAAACCCUAUAAGAAAGUACAUGUUUGUGAAUAUUGUAAAAAGCACUUUGACCACUUCGGCCACUUUAAGGAGCACUUGCGGAAGCACACUGGUGAAAAGCCCUAUGAGUGUCCAGACUGCCAUGAGCGAUUUGCAAGGAACAGCACAUUGAAGUGCCACAUGGCGGCCUGCCAGAAUGGGGCCGGAGCCAAGAAAGGACGCAAGAAACUCUAUGAAUGCCAGGUCUGCAGCAGUGUGUUCAACAGCUGGGACCAGUUUAAAGACCAUCUGGUGAGCCACACAGGAGUCAAGCCCAACCACUGCACCAUGUGUGACAUGUGGUUCACCCAACCCAAAGAGCUAAAGGCCCACCUCAGAGAUGUCCAUUCUAUUGAGGACAAAUCAAGUUUAGAACUGGUCAUCACAGACUCUGCCAUAGCAACGCAGAGCAUAGAGGGAGAUGAAACAGUUCUGUUGGAUGAUGGAGUUCAGGUCGAACAUGUCACAGUGGAGCCUGUAGAUAUGAUGGAGAUGGAGGAGACCACAACAGUUGUGAUGGAGGAUGGAGGGGUGGCGGAGAUGUGCGAGGAGGACAUGGAGAGGUUAAAGCAGGCUGGGGUGCAUUUCCAGGUGGUGCACGUGACAACAACUGAAGUUGAUGGACAGCAGGUGGUGAACUCUCAGGUGGAAGUAGAGCUGGAAGGGGAGACAGUGAACAUUGAGGAAGCAGAGCAAGCAGUGGUUGUAUGAGAGUGUAAAAAAAGGUUGUUGAUAAUCCACAGGACAUUCGUUCAGUCCUGGACGCCUGUGUUAUCCUGUAGCUGACAUCUUAGUUUUUAUACAGAAAACUGCAUGUGGUAUACAGAAUGUCACCUUAGUAUAUCAUUCUGUCUGUCAUCACAUUGUAUGACCCUCUGUUUUUGAUAUAUGUAUAUAUGGACAAAAAGGUUUCUGCCAAGGUUGCUGUAUUUAUUUUAAAAGUGUUUGGCAUCAUGUCCCAUAUUGCCGAUGACUCUUCAGUGCUUCAUCGGUCUAUUUUAAUGUUUUCUUUGUUUGUUUGUUUUUUUUUACUUUGCCUCAAGUUUAUAUUUUGUUUCUUUCAGUUUGAGUCACUUGCCAAUGAAUGAACUGUUCUUGUUGCAGCUCAUAUAACAACAGCUGUUGUAUGCUACUGACGUUCUUCAGUGGAAAUGCUGCACUUGUUCAGGUGUGUUUUCUAAUUAACAUUUGGCCUUUCUGUAAGAAAUACUCAGAUAUGGAAUAAAAC